AUGAGUGUGGCUGUGUCCUUGUACAAGGGCAUAGUGAUUUACAAGUAUCUACUAGCAGUAGAAACAAUUCCUCUUGCACGUGGCUGCUGUUGCUAUGGUUACGGGUACACUUCCGCAAACAAAACUGCCUCGCUUCUCUUCGCUAGAACUUCUCUUUCGGUGGGCUUUGUAAACUCAUUUUCAAGCAUGACUGUGCAAGAUAACGACGAUCUCGAAAGGUUUUUGAGGAAUGUUGACCAAAUGAACGAGUUGGUAAAAGAGUUAAAUUUUGCGAAGGCAGAUCAAUUCAUCUCAUCCCUGGAGCAGAAGGAACCGUGUAAAACCAAAAUCAAUAAGACUGUUAUGAACAAAAAUCCUUCAUCUGAAAACGGACCAGUGAACAUCCAGUAUGAAUCAAGUCAAAAUCCUGAGAAUUUCUUGAGGAUAUUAGAAAAAGAUGCCGAGGAGAGAAGACUGAGAAGAAAGAUGAAGGAAGAAAAAGCCAAUGCGUUAAGGGAGCAGGGGAAUGAAGCUUUCACUCAAGGUGACUACGAAACGGCUGUCAGGUUUUAUACUGAAGGCUUGGAGCAGCUGCGUGACAUGCAGGCUCUCUACACAAACAGAGCACAGGCCUUUAUCAAGUUGAAGAGAUAUAAGGAGGCCAUCAGUGACUGUGAGUGGGCUCUGAGGUGCAAUGAGAAGUGUAUUAAAGCAUAUGUACACAUGGGCAAAUCUCACCUAGCACUCAAGGAUUUCAAACAGUCCAGGAUUUGCUAUCAAAAAAUUUUGGAGAUAGAGCCACAGCGAGAGACCAUGGUCAAAGCUUAUCUGAGACAAGUGGAUUUGGAAGAGAAGGCAUCUCUCCAGGAAAAGGCAGCUUGGGACGAGCUACAGGAGGGAACAGGGCAGGCCAUGGAAGUACCAGAGCUGCUGAAGAAGCUCGACAGACCCAAUGAGAUCAAUCUUUACUACUGUGGUGGAUUGGAGCUGCUCUCACAGGCUAUUAAAGACUGUACAGGGCAGACAUUAUUCAGAUUAAACAAUGGCUUCAGUAUCAUUAAUGGCAAUAACGCUGUAAGAAGCUGUCUCUCACAGAAUUCAAAAGAUCCAUAUGCGGUUGAUCUAUGCUUGUCCAUCGUCAAACUACGGAGGACAGUUUGCAGUGGAAAUGGUACAGGGCAGACAUUAUUCAGAUUAAACAAUGGCUUCAGUAUCAUUAAUGGCAAUAACGCUGUAAGAAGAUUUAAGAUUCAGUCAAGGGAGAACUUCAAAGCAGUGUUUGCCCUUCCUCUUGAACAUCUGCUGUCAAAUAUCAUGACAGCCGACCAUAAGAAACUGGCUUCUGUGAUUUCUGUGAUCGGGACCAUGGCUCUGGAUAAUGUCAUCAGUAAAAAGCUGGCAGGACGUUGCGAAUUUUGGAGAUGCUCUCUCCAAACUAUGAAGCAGUGCAUCGGCUGUGAAUGUGGAAGUGUCCUCUAUCCCCUCCUGGGUUUGAUGAUCAACUUAGCCUCAAAUCCCUCUCAAGUUGUCCAGGAGCACGCUGUUCUGGCCAGCAGCAGGUGCUUGGACCUGCUGAGCGAUUCCUCUGGGGGCGUCAUCACAAGAGCUGCAGGUUUGCUGAGCGUUCUCCUCCCGAUGUCUUCUGAUGCCACUCAAGAAGUUGUGCAAAAUGGAAUAGUGAAGAAGUUGCUGAAGAUUCUGAAGGUAGGAGGAGAGAUGAGCUCCAGAUACUCCAUUAAAGCCCUGACAUUCUGUACUGCCUCAAUCCCACAGGCCUGUGAAGAGCUGGUAAAGCUUGACAAACGGCUGCUCACUUUGAGAAAACUCCUGGGCAGUAUUGACGAGUUGGUGGUGGGGAACGCAGCUUUGUGUAUGGGCCAUUGCUUAGAAGUGGAUGGAGCUGGCGGUAGCCUCCUAGGCACAGACUGUGUUCAGUUGCUGCUACACCAUGCUGCUGGAGACGCCAAAAGAGCAGCCAUUCGGCAGAAUGCAGCCAUUACUCUUGGGAAGCUGUGCAAAACAGAGCCCAGGCACAUGGAGCAACUCAGGGAGCUCCAUGGUUUAGAAAUCCUUCACUCCUGUGUAAGAUUGAUCACGUGAGCCACUACCACUCAUUUGGUUCCUCAGUAAAUGACCUCAUAACUCAGGACCCGCACACACACACAAACAGAUGACUGCUGUCCUUUGCUUUACAGCUUAAGAUGCUCAUCUUAAGUGAGGCCACAAAUUACUGUCAUGCCUUAAGGCCUAUCUUGAUUAGGCAGCUGUUUCCUGUGUUCGUUUUAAUUAGAGAGAAUUCACACUGACAUGUGACUCUGUUAUCUGCUGUUGUAGAGAACAUGUUGCCCUGGGACGAUAUUCGAAACAUUUAAAUUUCCUUUCAUCCCAAAUGACUCACUUGGGAGUGUGUUGUCUUGAUUACAUUUUGCUUUCUGUUUGUUGAAAAAUGGAUUAAUAUUAGCUUUCAUGUGUUAAAUAAAAAAGAUUAA